AACUUGUUUCGCUGCUGAGACGCCCCGAUGCAGUCACGAAAGAAGACAUCCAAGAAGCGCCUCCCCACCCUCCCCCGCUGCCCCAGCAGCCCCACACAAUCAUCGUCUCAGCUGCCCCUUCCUUCUCAGACGUCGGUUUCCAGCAAGAGAGGUCAACGAGUGACGGUCAGCCUGCGCCGGCCACUGGCAGAGGGGGAACAGACGACAUCCAUCCCUUUGCCGCGAAAGACGUCAGAUGCCAUUCAGUUGCUUGACAGCCAUUCUGAGGACUCCCCCACCUCUCUCGCCGCCCGCUUCAAGAAAGCAGCUCAUGACGAAAGGGAGCCGGCCGCUGAGGAGUCACCUCUCGGGGCGGGGGCGGACGCAGCCAGAUCUGUUGUUGUGGGCAUUGUCCCUCCGCUGGAUGCAGUCCUACAUCGGCCUGUGCAUCCAGAGGGGCUGCAGAAGAGUGAGAGCAUCGGCAAUCUCAGCGUGUGCAGCGGCCGUAGCCGCUUCGAGAGGCCCGAUGACAAGAUGACGAGAUCUUUCACUGCCCAGUCGUCCAUCGAUGAGUUGUUCGAGGCAGCGGACCGGCACUUGGUUCUGAAUCAGCGGCCGUCUGCCUUUGGGGCCUACUCGCUGCACCAACUGGAGGCGAUAUGCACAUCCGUCGACACCAAGGUGAGGGGAGGCAGGCCUGGACCAUUCACCACGUGAUCUGACUCUGCUGUUGUAUUUGGCAGGUGCGCGAUGCCGUUGAGAAGAAGAAAACUGAUCCUGACACUCACUCGCCCUACCUGAGACGCCUCAACACAGAGCCUUCGAAGGCAAUCGAAGUCACCGGUGAGUCCCGCUCCCUCUCGCCCCAAUACGAUGAGACGUCAGCCAUGGAGGAACAACCGCCACACAUCGGUCCUCCAGUGCCAUUGCCCAUCGAUCACACGGAGGACCUCGGCGACGAUUCGAUGGACGAGGACUAUUGGGCGGAUCACGACCAUGAGGAUGUGUGUGAGGGCUGCCAGGCCUUCAUCGGUGAGAUGCAGGCCAUACAGGAGCAGAUUGAGGAGAAGGAAUCUCUGGCAGACGAAGAGAGCAGGAGGUAGUCUGUGAGACAGCGGCACACGGGAAGGCAGAGCAGAGUGAAGAGGGACUGUGUGUGCUGCGGGUCAGUUUAAUUGAGGAGCUUCAGGAGAGAGUUGCGGCCCGCACGGCCCACGAGGUGACGUGUCACGAUUUGAGAACUCACCAGCUUGAGCUGCGAAUGCAGAAAGAGCAGCACAUCCUUAACGUACACCGACCGCAUACCCACACGGACGUCCCAACAUCUCAUAAAUAUGUCUCUGUCUGGGCAGGAGCUGGUGGCAGAGCUGAGGACACGGCAGAAGAGAGUCGACCGCCUCUCCCGGCAGCUCAUCCAGAACCACAAGAGCACCACUGUCCUCCAUCGCUACAUCGCAAACCUGCCCCCAUCCCUCAGUCCAUCGGCCCUCUCACACCCCAUCGGCAUUACCCCUGCGUCAACCUCCCCAUCAGCCCACUCCAGUCGUUCAGCCGUCAAGACCAUGUCUCGCCGCCGAUCUGUGCCCACGCUGCGUCUCCCAUUCGCCGACUUCCAGUCUGCCGACGCCGCAACUGCAACUGAUCCAGAGGUCAAUCGACAGGGCAAAGACGCUGCCACCGUUGCGGAGAGGUUCCGCCUGUUGUUUGCGGCGAGCGUCGAGGAGGACAACACGGAUCUGCCCACUGCCAGACGGAUCAGCCGCGACCAGCAGGAGGACGGGGGCCGGCAGGACAGUGGGAUCACGGAUCAGUUUGAGAUGGUGGGUAUGUCGGAGCGGUCUUCACAGGUGACGGACUCGUUUCUCCUGCGCCAGGAGGCGGUCCACGUCAGCAUGGGCGGUGCUCCACAGUCGUCGUCGAGCAUUCGUACGUGGACGGGGUUCUUCAGCUCAGCCAGCAAGGGAGCGGUGGGCCGGUUCCCCUUGGUGGCGCCUCCCUGGCAUCUGGCGGACCAUUGCGAGCGGUGUGGCAAAAACUUCACCAUGCUCUUCAGACGACACCACUGCAGGUACUGACAUAGAAGUGAGCUGAAAUCUCUCUCUCUCUCUCUGUGUGUGUGUGUGUGUGUGUGUGCUGCUGCUGCAACUAUCGUGUCUCUUGCAUUUGUGUUGCAUGGCAUGCAGGCAUUGCGGCUUCUCCGUCUGUGGGGGCUGCGGAUGUUACAGCCUCCCAGUGCCCAAAUUCGGCUACCUCAGAGCCGUCCGGGUAUGCGUGGUGUGCUUCGAAUCAUUCCAGCAGAACUGGCGUGUCACGCCCCUCCUGCGCCCUGUGCCGAGCCUGACAACAUCCACUCACACAGACGUCCCCGCCCUGUCGGUGAGUGGGGCGCAGCCUCAGCACUCACUGACAGACCGCCAUUGGGGCAGACGGGCGCUGAAGGAGGAUGUCGACAGCGUGACAGGGAGUCAGGGAAAGGCAUUCGGCCAUGGCCAUGGUGGUGUGUUGACGAAGGACGUGGCUGCCUGACUGAGACAGAAACGAUGAGACGUCGGUGUUUUUCCCUGUUUUCAGCGAGAGCUGCAUGUUCUGGACGCUUUGCGGCAUCGCGAUGGCCUUGCACAUUCAUGCAUGUUCUGUCGGUUUGAGACUGACAUCCUUCCUCGAGUGAUGCCUGAUGGCUUCUUUGAACAAUAAGAGAUACUUCGCGACACAAAGGAAAACUGACGGACAGAAGGACAGAGGACACACGCACGCUCGCCCUUGCCCGGCGAUUGAUGCGUUCUUCCUGUGUUAAGUCAUGGCUGAU